AUGAAAGCUGAACUUGAUUGCCCUGAAUCAUUGAUUCGAGAAAUUGUUACACAAUUUCGGCGACUGCAUAAUUUCGUCUGCCCGUGGGCACAUUCCUCCAAAGGUCGCGCCUACGUACCCUCGGACAAAAUUUCUGACACGCAGAUAUCUCGUAACAAACUUAGAAACAAGAUUUUCUUGCGCCCGAUGAUGAUUGCAUCAAUGUUGGGAGAUGUUUACGAGAAGUCGGGUCAAACAAUGAUUCUUGUCUUCACCUCUUCAGUGUACGAUUACAAAACCAGGCUCACUGCUUAUGGUUACUACUCUCGAAUCUGGUUUUUCUCCGUUCCACUGGCUGUUCCCGUGGUAAAUCUAUCGCUCGCCUAA